CGGACUGUGCAGUUUGCAGGAUGUUUUGCAUCUGAGCGCAGCAGGAUUAAAGUGUUGACUGGGGGUCCAUAAAGAAGGGCGGGUAGAUUACAGAGGACACUGACAAACGAAAAUGUCCUCACCAGCGUCCAGACGGAAUAGCUGCCGUGGAACUGCGUGUGGGAGCCGCUCAUCAUCUGAGUGCCAUGUCCGCCGCCGGGGCUCCAGCUGCUCUUACUCUUCCUCUGGCGCUCAAACCGAAGACUUUUCCGCCAGUCUGAGUCAGCCCAUGUUCACCAUAACGCUCCGGUUUUUGCUGGCGAUAGAUCUGUGGCUGUCCAAGCGGCUCGGGGUGUGCGCUUGUGAGGAGUCUCCGUGGGGCAGCAUACGGCCCCUGGUGCGGCUGGUGGAGUUCUCCGGGCAUGUCAUCCCGUGGCUCGUCGGCACUCUGUACACUCUGCUCCGGGGAGAGACGGUGGCGGAGCAGGAGAUCAUGCUGAAUCUGGCCCUGGCUCUGUUGUUGGAUCUGCUGCUGGUCAGAGUUGUGAAGACUCUGGUCAGACGUCGCAGGCCUGCCCAGAGCCGCUCUGACAUCCUCUCCACAUUCUUCGUGGAGCGCUACUCCUUCCCUUCAGGCCACGCCACGCGGGCGGCCAUGUGUGCCCGGUUCCUCCUAGCCCAGCUGGUGGACACAGCCUCCAUGCGGGUCCUGGUGGUGGGAUGGGCCGCUCUGGUGAGCCUGUCCCGGCUGCUGCUUGCCAGACACUAUGUGACAGAUGUGGGCUUUGGCUUGGUUAUGGGUUACUGCCAGUACGGCUUGGUGGAAAGGCUGUGGUUGACCUGGGACUGCCUCCAGGACAUGAUGCUUAUGCGACUGCGAGAGAGACUCAACAGGGCCUAUGGUGGACUCUGGAUGGCAGAUUGGAAGCAUUAGGUUUGGUGGUACGGUGUGUCAGCUUUUAUGGACGGGGAAAAACAUGUAGCAUGAAGUGUGUGUAACUCCAAGUUUCCCUACCAUUAAAAAGUGAACUUUA